UUAUGAUGCUAGUAAUGUGUAGCGGCGAAGUGGAGGUGUGGUGACAAGUUAGCGGCGUUGUGCAUUUGCCAUUGGCAUUUAGAAGGACUGCAGUUCGCAGUGGGUGCACAGGUAAAUGCAUCCAAACCCCAUGAUGCAUAGCAAAUGGUAGUGUUGGCAGUCUCCAGCCAGGCAAUGUUGACUGGCAGACAUGCAGGCCUCCAGCUGAGCCUUAUUUUAUGCUGACUGGCUCAGCAAUCAAUUCAGCAGCCAAGCUUCUUGGAGGCAAACAGCACACAAUUCAGCUCAGCAUCACUGCCUGGUUGGGGCCUUAAACCUUCAUCAUGUUUUCUGCCUUGAGAAAGUUUGCCAGCAAAAAUGAGCCAACUCCAGCACCUGUGUCGAGCAAUGUGCAAGCCAUGUCCUCACAGCUGCAGAGGAAAUUUGCCAAGGGCAUUCAAUAUAACAUGAAAAUUGUGAUAAAAGGCGACAACAACGUGGGCAAAACUUGUCUCUUCAACCGUCUCCAGGGAAAGACUUUCAGUGAAACAUAUCAGUCAACUCCAGAAAUCCAGGUGGCGAGCAUACAGUGGUCGUACAAGGCCACCGAUGACGUGGUCAAGGUCGAGAUCUGGGACGUCGUCGAUAAGGCGAAGAAGAAGAAGAAAAUGGAAGGCCUGAAGCUGGACAACAGCAGCGCGGCCGUGCCGGACGAGGUAGCAUUGGACGCCGAGUUCCUGGACGUCUACAAGGGCACCCACGGCGUCGUCAUGGUGCUCGACAUCACCAAGGCCUGGACGUUCGAGUACGUGCAGCGCGAGGUGCCGCGCAUCCCGGGCCAUAUCCCGGUGCUGGUGCUGGGCAACCACCGCGACAUGGGCCACCACCGCCAGGUGCGCGAGGACGACGUGCGCUUCUUCGCCGAGAACGUCCAGAGGCCUGACGGCGACGCGCUGGUGCGAUACGCCGAGUCGUCCAUGCGGAACGGCUUCGGCCUGAAGCUACUGCAUCGUUUCCUGAACGUGCCGUUCCUGACGCUGCAGCGCGCCUGCCUGGUCACCCAGCUGGCCACCAACGAACGGGAGACGGAGGCCACGCACCAGGAGCUCGACCUCUACGAGGAGUCGGACGAGGCCAACUACGACGUGUUCAUCGACCAGCUGGCCAACAAGCGGCGCCAGACGGCAGACGCCAACGCGCCGGCGCAGAAGAUGCCGCACUCACAGACGACAGUGGCACUAAACUCGGCCGGAACUCGCCAGGCCGGCGGCGCCGGCCUGCCGCGGAGCGUCUCCCAGCCGGGCCAGCUGUCGGCGUCGUCGGCCGGACCGGGGCCGCCGUCGGAGGCCGCCACUGCCGCCGCCGCCGCCACCGCCGCCACCGCCCGCUCGGCGCCUUCCCCAGCCGGGUCGGCGGCCAGCGGCGACCGCUCGCCGGGGCCCAUCAACGGAGCCGCAGUGCCACCACCGGCGGCGGCGGCCAGCCCCGAGCGGCACAACGUGGACGCGUUCGUGCCGGACGGCGCGCUUGAUGCCAACUUCCUGGACGAGGUGACGCCCCAGGCGACGCCCUCCAAGACGGCGGCCGCGGCGCCGCCCGGCUCCGACAGUGAGGACGACACGGCGGCCGGCAAUCCGAUGGUGGCCGGGUUCCAGGACGACAUUGAUGACCUGGAGCUGGUGUCGGGGGCGCCGCGGCACGACCGCCACGCGCUGCCCGACUCCAGCGACGAGGAACCGGCGCCGCCGCCGCCGGACCAGCGCCGUGGACUUGACGUGCGACUCGUGGCGCCGCCCCCCGCGCCCGACGAGUCCAUCGCGGCGGCGGUGGAGAGCGAGCCGGAGGAAGCGUCGCAGAAGGUGCAGACCGACAGUGGCGCGGAGGCGGCGCACAAGACGAAGAAGAAGAAAAAGAAGGACAAGGAGAAGGAGAAAGAGAACGGGGAGAAGAAAAAGAAAAAGAAGCACAAGGAGCGGGAGGCGGACCGGAGCGCGGCGCAGCGCGAGCGGGACGCGCUCGAGGACUUUCUGGAGCGGGACUCCGGCCCGGCCGUGGACGAGGCUUACGAGGCCAUAUAGACGCCAACCGUCCGCUCGCGGCGCCACGCCACCAGCUUCACCCGCCGCCCGCACAUCUGCCGCCGGAUUAUUUUUAUACAAACAGGACAACGCGACACAGGGUGCUUGGUGGGGGCUUCGCUGGUACGCACGGGCUGGGUGUACCGAUGCCGGAGUUGUUGCGUGUGGUGAUGAACUGUAUACCCGUUGCGUAUUUAUUCGAUUUAUAUGUGUGAUGCAAGGUUAUGCGUGUGGGCGACAGUGUUUAAAUAUCGUUACUGUGAUGCUCGGGACCGGGUGUGUAAUAAACGCGUCGGGGCUGC